UAAAGAAGAGAGAGAGAAAGUGUGUGUGUGUGUGUGAGGAGGUUUGUUGGUCGACUCUCUGUAUCUUCUUCUUCCUUCUUCGUUUUUUCAUCUUCCACCAAACUCAAUCUAUUUUCACCAUUAAAAUAUCAAUUAAUCCCUUCCUUAACCCACCAACUCAAUCUACCUAUUUUUUCACCCUCUAUACACACUCACAAGAGACGGAGGUGAUAUCUAUCAGAGUAACAAAGUAAAAAAAAUCAUCAAUCCGAUCGAUCAAUAGUUUCAUCAAUCGAGUAUAUCAAUCGAGUAUGGAUAAACUUAUUCUUCUUCAUCGUAUGAUUCUUGCAAUUUGUUGAAUUCUCUCAAGUAAGUCUCAGCCUCUAUUCAAAUUUGUAAUCCCAAUUUUUGUACUGUGUGUGUUAUGAAAUCAAACUUAGGAAAAAAAUCGAUUAAAUCGUUUAGUUAAUGGGGCAUAAGAAACGGAACCCUAUUCUUCGUUCUAAACAACAACAACAAUCUUCUUCUACUACUACUUCAAUAACGCCUGCUGCUGCUGCUUCUUCUGAUGUGGUGAUUAAUGGCGGUGUUAAUAAUGUUAAUUGUACCGAAGAUGAGUCGAAUUUAAGUUUGAUUACUGAUUCGUCGUUUAAUAAGGUAAGAAAUGAUGAUUCUGUUGUUGUUACUCCACAAUUGGAUGCUUCUGUGUAUGCAUCAGUUAAGCUUGAAUAUGAGAAAGCACUUACUUCAUUUAGAAGAGGGAAUCAUACAAAAGCCUUGAGAGUUAUGAAAGAUUUAUGUCAUAGGCAUGAGAAUUCUGCUAUUGUUCAUCGUUUUCAAGGAAAUGUAUUUGUGAAAGUUGCUUCGUUGAUUGAGGAUAGUAAUGCGAAGCAAAGGCAUUUGAAAAAUGCAAUGGAAUCAGCUAAGAAAGCGGUUAGUUUGUUGCCGAAUUCGAUUGAGUUUGCUCAUUUCUAUGCUAGUUUGUUGUAUGAGAUGACAAAUAAUACUCAGGGAUAUGAAGAGGUGAUCCGAGAGUGUGAUCGAGCACUUCUGAUUGAGAAUCCUACUGAUCCUGCAAAAGAUGGGUUGCAGGAUGAGAGUCAGUUGAGUGAAUCUACUCCUGAAAUGCGGAUAGCUCAUUAUCAUCAGGAGCUUAAAACGCUUAUUCAGAAAGCUAACAUUGCUUCUCUCUCUACUUGGAUGAAGAAAUUAUCGGAUGGGGGAGUUGAGGAUAAGUUCAGGUUAAUUCCAGUUAGUAGGAGGACACAGGAGGAUCCUAUGGAAGUUAGAUUAGUUCAGUCUAGGAGGCCUAAUGAGAUUAAGAAGGCUACUAAGACAGAGGCAGAGAGGAGGAAAGAGGUUGAGGUGCGUGUUGCUGCAGCGAGGUUGUUGCAGCAAAAAUCAGAGUUACCCCAGUCCCACACUGAUGAUGAUAGGCCAGCUGAUACAUCUUCAAGUGCGUAUAGACUUGCUGAGCGUCGUAAAUAUGCAAAUAUGCGGAAGAUUGCCUCUUCAGCAGAUAAGAUGGAUCAGGUUCGGACGUAUUGGAAAUCAAUGAGCCUCGAUAAAAAGCAAAGUUUUCUGAGGGUGAGUGUUAGUGAACUCAAGGAACAUUACAACUCAUGCAAGGAUGGUUUGGCGAUGGAGGUUCUAAGAGAAGCGCUAUCGUUCGCCGAGGCCUAUAAGACAUGGAGGUUCUGGGUUUGCUGUCGCUGCAAUGAGAAGUUUACCGACUGUGAAUCCCAAAUGCAGCAUAUUGUGCAGGAGCACAUGGGAAACCUCUCACAGAAGCUGCAAUCAAUUCUCCCUCAAGAAGUUGAAAAUGAUUGGGUUGAGAUGCUCCUAAAUGGUUCUUGGAAACCAGUGGAUGCCUUUGCAGCAACAAAGCUAUUUGAAAAUCAGUCUAAUUACCAAUAUUCUAAGCUUGACAAUGGUUCCAAUAUUGAUAGUCAUUCAGAUGGCUGUAAGGAGGACUGUCAUAUUGAUCAGUGUAGCUCCAAAGACUCGUGGGAUUCUUCUCUUGAUGAGGGGGAAGUAGAGCCACUAGCUGAAGAAUCAAAGGCAGUUGAUAUAUGCCAUAAACUUCUUUUAGAAAAUAAAGACCACGAUGACAUGUCCAGACUUGAUUUAAUGGAACUUCAGUGGUCUAACACGAAUUCACUUGCAGAGAGGCUGCCGCUGUCUGAUGAUUCUGAACGUGCAAAUCUUCUUGAGAGAAUCCAUGCCAUGUUCAAAUUGCUUCUGAAACAUAAAUAUCUUGCUGCUAGUCAACUUCACAAGGUGAUACAGUAUACAAUGGAUGAGCUCCAAGGUCUUGCUCCUGAUUCACGAAUUCUUAACCAUGGUCUAGAACGAACACCUCUCUGCAUUUGCUUUCUAGGAGCCUCAGAGUUACGGAAAAUCCUGAAAUUCUUACAGGAGCUUGCACACUCUUGUGGGUUAGCUACUAGGUAUCCUGACAAGAACAGCAGCAUGGAUGAGGCUCGUGUGGGCACUGAAGAGUAUGAAAUCGGAGAGCGGAUAAUUUUAACCGAUGAUUUUUCAUAUCUCCUUUUGGAUGAGCAUUUGUUGCAUCCUCCUGGAAUAUAUUCUGAGAAUAGCAGCUCUACGGGAAUUGGUGCUAUGUCAAAUUCUGUUCUUGUUGGUGGUGAUCAUGAAAAUGGCGUAUCACCAUAUGGUGAUACCCUAUUAUCUUGGAUAUUCACAGGUCCUUUAUGUGUGGAGCAACUGUCAUCAUGGACACGUUUUAGAGAAGAAAAAAAACAUAGUGGAUUGGAAGUUUUUCAGAUGCUUGAGAAGGAAUUUAGUCUCUUGCAGAGUAUGUGUGAGAGGAAAUGUGAACACAUGGGGUACGAGGAAGCGUUGCAGAUGGUAGAGAGUCUCUGUCUUGAAGAACUGAAGAAAAGGGAGUGCCGAGUGGAUUUUGUCUCUCGCAGUUACGAGACCAUUCUAAGGAAGCGGCAGGAAGAGCUUAGUAAUAGAGAGAACGAUCUGAUGGUGAUGGGCAGUGGAUGUGGAUUUGAGUUAGAUAUCAUAUCAAAUAUUCUUAAAGAGGCUAAUGCUUUGAGUGCAGCACAAUUUGGGUACGAUGAGGCUUUGUCUGAUGCCACUGGGCAGUUGUGUGACUUGGAAAUGGGCGAAGAUGAUGGUUGGAGGUUGCAAGAUUUUCAUCAAACAGAUACUUACAUAGAAGUGGCAAUCCAAAGACAAAAGGAGAAUUUAUCUGUGGAGCUUAGCAAGAGCGAUGCAAGGAUUAUGCGUACUGUCGUUGGCAUGCAGCAAUUGGAGCUUAAGCUUGGUCCUCUCUCCUCCUAUGAUUACCGUGCAAUCAUGUUGCCUCUUGUAAAAUCAUUCAUGCAGUCACACUUGGAGGAGCUAGUGGAUAAAGAUGCCAGGGAGAAAUCCGAUACUGCAAGAGAAGCAUUUUUGGCAGAACUGGCACUUGAUGCUAAGAAGAGUCUCAACAAAGGAGGUGAUCACUCAAAACUUGUACUGGAGAAGUCAAAGGAUAAGAAGAAGAACAAGGAUCAUCGAAAACAUAGAGAUUUGAAGGCGACUGGUGGUAACGAGCAGCCCGGCCCUCUUGAAGAAACUGCAGAACAAAAUAACUCCCCCUCUGCAUCUGAUCGACACUUCGUUAUAGAUAAUGGAAAUGGUGAGGAUUUUGAACAACAGGAGGAGCGUAGACGUAAAAUGGAGCUUGAGGCUGAGGAAAGAAUGCUUGAAGAAACUCUGGAGUAUCAAAGGCGAAUAGAAAAUGAGGCUAAGCAGAAGCAUCUAGCAGAGCAACAUAAGAGGGCUAGUGGAAUGAUUCUAGAGAAUGUUGAUGUUCUAUCAUCUGUAGGUUACUAUAAUCAUGCUGAUAAUGCAGGGGUUCAGAAGCAGUUCCGUCAGUCUAAAUCUGGGGUUGAUGGUUCCCAUUCUCAAGUCCCCUUGCCCUCUGGUAGUCCAAGCAUUGAAUUGGAUCUAUCCGUUAAUCCUCAUAAACAUCACAAUUACCAAAACUUAUCAGCAGGGAAAGCUGACUUAUCCAAUGGAAUAGUAGGUGCUUCUAGUAGCAUUGUUGAAGGAAGCUCACUCCCUAGCAAACCCUCUACUAAUUCUGUUACUCAGAAGAAUAGAAAAUUAAGCAAUCGUUCUCCCAUAGUCAAGCAAGACCUAUCCAAGCAAGGGAGUCAGGGCUAUGUUUUGCCUUCUAAUUGGGGAUCUCAAUGUAAAUGGCCAAAUAAUUUCACCGCAUCGCUUGAUGGAAAUCCUCAAGGAUCGUCAUUUGAUGAAGCAGACUAUUCGGCUAAGAAUUCUCAAAAUGAUAAUUGCCACAAAAAACAAGUCAAUGCUGUGGGGAAGGAGAGUAUUUUUGAUACAAACAUGGAUCCACUUUUGGGAGGAAAUGAAAUAAAGUCUCUGAGACAAGUUCGCUCUGAAGAACUUGACGAGGAAAGGUUCCAAGCUGACCUGGAAAAAGCUGUGCGCCAGAGCCUUGAUCAUUCGGCAACUGUGCCUGGCGAAGUACUAGUCCACAACGUGAAACAAGACGAUGUCCUUGGUGCAGGUCUACAAAACGAAGUUGGUGAAUACAAUUGUUUUUUGAAUGUGAUAAUACAGUCUUUAUGGCACUUGCAGAAUUUCCGAGAUGAGUUCCUGAGGAAAUCAACAUCAUUUCACAUGCACGUUGGAGAUCCUUGUGUAGUCUGUGCAUUAUAUGAAGUUUUUACUGCACUGAACAUGGCAUCAAUGGACACACGGAAAGAAGCUGUCGCUCCUACUAUUUUAAGAAUUGCUUUAAGUGACUUGUACCCAGAUAGUAAUUUCUUUCGAGAGGCUCAGAUGAAUGACGCUUCUGAAGUAUUGGGAGUAAUCUUUGAUUGCCUUCACAAAUCGUUCACCUCCAAAUCAACUGUUUCUAAUGCUGAACCUGAUGGAACUAAGAAUGUUAUUGGCUCUUGGGACUGUGUAAGCCGUGCAUGUAUUGCACAUACACUUUUCGGAAUGAACAUCUUUGAAAAAAUGAACUGCUGCAACUGCUCAUUUGAGUCUCGACAUCUAAAAUAUACCUCAUUCUUUCAUAACAUAAACGCCAGUGCUCUCAGAACCAUAAAGAUUACGCAUGUGAAUAGCUCAUUUGAGGAUCUUUUGAAGCUUGAAGAGAGGAAUCAUCAGUUAGCCUGUGACCCAGAAGUUGGUGGCUGUGGAAGUCUCAACCACAUCCACCAUAUUCUUAAAACUCCUCCCCAUGUGUUCACAACAGUUCUGGGUUGGCAGAGUACUUGUGAGAGCGCAGAUGACAUAUCAGCAACAUUAGCUGCUCUAACCACUGAGAUUGAUAUCGGCAUCCUAUAUCAUGGUCUAGAUUCAGGGAGCAAGCAUUGCCUAGUUUCAGUGGUUUGCUAUUAUGGGCAACAUUAUCAUUGCUUCGCUUACAGUCGUGAGCAUGGAAAAUGGCUCAUGUAUGAUGACAAAACUGUCAAGGUAAUCGGUUGCUGGAAUGAUGUUCUUAAAAUGUGUGAAAGAGGGCACUUACAACCUCAGGUUCUUUUUUACGAAGCUGUAAAUUAACUUCUACUUGGAGGGAGCUUGUAUCGUGAUUUUCUGUACACGGAUGCUGUAUGAUUAUGUCCUCUCCUGGACGGUGCACCCCAAUCAAGGGUCAGUAUCAAUGCUGCAGCUUGCAACCAGGUUUGCAACAGCUUCGACUUCUAAGAAAUUAAGAAGUUUCAGAAUCAGCAGGAGAGAUUUUUGUAGGAUUAAUUGCCCUUUCAGAGAGAAAGAAUGCAUUAAAAGAAGAGGUUUUCUGUCAUUAUUGAGGGAAUAUAUAAGUUACUCAACGUACUCUUUGUGGAAAUGAGGAAGCUGAUGGUCAAAGAACUCAAAAGGAUAGGUAUGUGUGCCUUUCAACUUCAGGCUCUAUAGAAUCUGGGUUUCAACGACUUAACCACAAGUAUCGCCUGAAGGAGGUUAUUAGCUUUAUCUUCUGAAGCUUAAAGACACCGCAAUUAGCUGAUCAUUCUAGCAUACAUCAUAGUACUCUUUGGGGCUGACCGGAUUAGAGUUCCACCCUCCCGCUGAUAUAUUCUUUUACUUUUGUGCUGAACAUAAUGAAGAUUACGUGUCCAUAGAAAAUGUGUGAUUGUCUCUUCCUUUUAAUACUAUAGGUAGCCGUAAUUAGUAGUUAUUGGCAUUUUGAUGAUGGCGAUAAAAUACAACUGUUACAGUGAAUUAGAAGGUCAGCAGUCCUGAUCUCAUAAAGAUCGUGAUACUUUGGACAAUAAUGCUUUGUAAUGCAUGCUGAUAUAAUUGGGAAUUUAAGGUUUUAAUGAGAAAUAAGAGGAAGAUAAAGCAGAAUUAGCU